GAUCGAACUCGCCGUCUCACCUGCGACGCAGUCAAAUCGAUCGCCAUUGCUGCAGCUUGGCAGCUUCUGUAGAUAGAUAUUACACGUUGCCAAUGACGAAGAAGAAGCUUCAGGUCGUCAGGCCCAGAGCGGUGUCGCCGCUCCCGGCGCUCGCCGCCGCCGCCGCCGUCGCCGUCGUCCUCCUCCUCCUCACGGCGGCGGGACGCCCUUCUUUCCUCGGAAGAUACGAGGCUAUCACCAUCAGCGGCGUCGCGUCGCUGCCGUUCGGUUACUCCUCGGAGAGCGCGCGGCGCGCACCACCGGCCGUCGCCGUGGCGCGGGUGCCGAGCGACUGCGACAUCUUCCGCGGCGAGUGGGUGCCCGACGACGGCGGCGGCGCGGCGCCGUACUACACGAACGAGAGCUGCCCGUUGAUCCAGGAGCACCAGAACUGCAUGAAGUACGGGAGGCCCGACCUCGGGUUCCUCCGGUGGCGGUGGCGGCCGGAGCGCUGCGAGCUCCCGCGGUUCGACGCGGCGGCGUUCUUGGAGCUCGUCAGAGGCAAGUCGAUGGCGUUCGUCGGAGACUCGCUCGCCAGGAACCAUAUGCAGUCGCUCAUGUGCCUCCUCUCCAAGGUGGAGUACCCGAAGGACGUGUCGAAGACGACGGAUCCGGGGUUCAGGACGAUGCACUACGGGUCCCACAACUUCACCAUCGCCGUCUUCUGGUCGCCGUACCUCGUGACGGCGAACCAGUCGUCGGACCCCGCCGCCGGAGGGCUGUGGGACCUCUACCUCGACGAGCCGGACGCCGCCUGGGCGGUCGCCGUGGCGGGCUUCGACUACGCCGUCGUCUCCGCGGCGAACUGGUUCACCCGCCCGUCCAUGUUCCACGAGCGCGGCCGCCUCGUCGGCUGCCACUACUGCCUCGUCCCGGGCGUCCCCGACCUCACGCUCCGCUACUCCCUCCGCGCCGCGUUCCGCACCGCGCUGCGCGCGCUCGCCGCCGGCGCCGGCGGCGCCGGCGUGUUCAACGGCACGGCGAUCGUUCGCACGCUGUCGCCGACGUCGCACUUCGAGGGCGGGGAGUGGAACAAGGGCGGCGACUGCCGGCGCACGCGGCCGUCCACGGCGAACGAGACGCGGAUGUCCGGGCUGGACCUCGACUUCCACACGGCGCAGGUGGAGGAGUUCAGGAGGGCGGCCAUGGCGAGCGGGCGGAGCGCGGCGAGGCUGCUGCUGAUGGACACGACGGCGGCGAUGGUGCUCCGGCCGGACGGGCACCCGAGCAGAUACGGGCACUGGGCGCACGAGAAGGUGACGCUGUACAACGACUGCGUGCACUGGUGCCUCCCUGGACCCAUCGACGUGUGGAACGAGAUGCUGCUCCAGAUGCUGCUGCUCCAUCAACCAGGAGCUGUUUCUGUUUGAUCUUUGUAGUUUGUUCUUGACUACUACUUGUUGAUUGGAUUAAAGAAUAGGUUCAGUUCACCAUUUCGACCAUCAAUUUUACAAGUGCUCGAGUGCACAAUGUGUAGAAUUCCACUCUGAUCACUUAUGUGCCUAAUGACGUAUCAACAAUUGCAGUUUUCAAGCUUUAA